CUCGCUUGGAUACGGGAAAGCGUCGCUCUGCUGGUCGCUACGGAGAGAGAGAGAAAGAGAGAGAGGGCGGAAUGGUUGUGUUGUAGUGAGGGGGGAGACUUCCUCGUGCACUUUGCCACGCACAGGGUAACUUAGUGUCAUGGCCGUCUACGGGGGCCGCUUCUCGGUCGUGUGGGCGACGACUCGACCGAGUUUGGACGCGUGUCCUCCCUCGACCAGUCGCUGCUAACGCACCGGCAUGACGGACACAGAUUAGUUAGCAUGCUAGCGAGUUAGCCAGCCGUGCUCCGCAUCACACACAGGGACCACAGUGUGGCUGUAGGUUCCUAGGCAGUCAUGGGGAAACUACAGAGCAAGUUUCGCAAGCGGUCUGAUAUCUACAGGGCAUCUCAGGGGGAGAAGGCAGAUAAUACCUUUGACAGUCAGGUGGUGCAGUAUGAACCUGCCCAUCAAGGAUCCAUCAGCACUGUCACGAAUCUCAGCCCAGAGCUGUGUGUUUCUGGCGGCAGUGAUCAGGCUGUGGUGGUGUAUGACUGGAAACAAGGCCGGAUGUGUCAGUCCUUCCAGGGUCACAACCGAGAGGUUACUAAGGUGGUGUGUUAUCCAGGAAGUACAUGGAUCUUUAGUGCCUCACGGGACAAAACUGUUCUGAUGUGGGACCUAAACCAGGGGGAUGAACCUAUUCAGGAAUUCUGUGGGCAUGAGUUGGUGGUCAACGGACUAGCUAUCAGCCCUGAGGGGAGAAAGCUAUGCACCGGCUCUCGUGACAACUGGAUGUGCCUGUGGGACAUAGAAUCUGCAAAAUGUGAACAGAGACACAACAUCUCUCGAAACCUGGUGACUCAUGUGUGUUGGGUGCCAGCCAGCUCCUCUGUAGUCCAGACUUCUGAGGAUAAGACCAUAAGGGUUUGGGACAGCCGUGCCUGGCAGGUGACCAAUACUUUUCCAGCCAAGCAGUACAUCCAGACCCACUGUGAUGUGUCUCCCAACGGGUACUAUCUGGUGUCCAGCAGCAACGGCUUUGGAGGGCAGGGCUGUGAAGCCACGCUCUGGGACCUGCGACAGCCUGGCUGUAAGGUUGUGGAGUACAGAGGACACCUCCAGACCACAGCCUCCUGUGUUUUUCUACCUACGCCUCCUGGUGGCACCGCUCAGGUAGUAACAUCCUCCCAUGACAGCUCCAUCAAAAUCUGGGAUCAGAACACAGCAGUUUGUUUAGGGACGUUGUCUAUGGAUGGUGCUGGUCCACUGGUUUCUCUGGCCCCAAGUGACUCCACCAAUCUGCUGUGUGCCAGCUUCAGCAACGGCCUCAACCAUAUCCAGGUGGGCCAGGGGUCAAACCAGGCUCAGGGUUCUGCAGCAGGUUCAGGUGGAGCUGGUGGCCUCGACAUUAAAGUCGUUGCACGUUUCUGAGAGUCCGGUAGAGACUGGUGUGACUCGUAACCCUCACCUGUGACCUUUCAGUGACUCGGCAAGCAAUAGAAGUGAAUUUAUUUUUUUUAUAUAAUUUUACACACUGUAUUUCUAUAGACACGUUUGCUUUAUUAGACUGCCAUACAGCGAAGAAUGACAGAAGAGAUCAUCAAGAACAUGAGGGAAUAAAAAUGACAUAUAGAGGAUGCACCUUUUGUCCAGCAGAGCCAUGUGCUUGUCCGUCACAUGUUCUGUUGAGAGACUGUGAACUCCAGAGUCAUCAUGCUUGGACUGAUGCCUUCAUGGACCAAGUCAGAGGAACCAGGAUUUACUCAGUUUAUACACUACUACAGCUAGGGGGCGCUGAGAAGAUGCUUCAUUCACAUGUAUUCAUUUUUAUUGAGAGUAUCAGUUGAAAAUUUGGCAGCAGGAGUAUCAGCUGUGUGUUCGGGACUUCUACUGGGCCAAAUAGAAUUUCAUACUAAUAGUAUAGAUUUAGUUUUUUCCAAUAUCAGAUUUAAUAGGUGCUGUCAGAGUUACAGUCUUGUCUAUCAAGUGGAAAGUUGUUUUUAUCACCAACACAUAGUAAAGAGGAACACGUCGAUGUUAUUGAUUAGUUUGUGCUCUAGAUUGAAGUCCAGUGUUAGGCCAAAUGACUCCAUAUGACACAGGUCUGUAUAAACAUACUUUAUUUUUAGGUAGAUUUUACUCAAUAAUUUUUAGGAUACAGAUUCUAAUAUUUGUAAACUGAAGCUGCUGAUAGUUGAUGUGCUGGUAUCCAACAUGUAUUUAAAAUAGAAAAUUACUAUGCAAUAUACCAUAGUGAUUCCCUUUUUGAUAAAACACAGUUUGAAUAAACAAGUAAAGCUGCUCAAUGUGUAAAUAAAAAAACUGCAACCAGCAGUUAUUGAAGAUAUUGUUUGACAAGGUCUUCUGUGCUAUUAACAAAAUGUAUUGAACAUGAAUUCUGUCAGAAUAAAAAAUCCAGACCUAAAUGGUUCAGUUAGAGAAUGCUAAUGCUAAAGCAGCCUUAAGUGAAAGAAUUUGGCCAGUUCUAUAUGAAACUAUAAUUGUCAGGGCAUGAGUGAAAAGACUCAGGCACUAGAGGUGUAACUUUAAUACGGAUUAUUACAGAUGUUAAUCUAAAGGAAACAUCUGGUUGAGUAUCUACUGUGUAUUGUUUUCUUUACAUGUAGAUGAGAUAUAGAAAUAAAAACUCACAGAUCAGAGGGAGAUCUAAAGAGUUGUAAUAGGAAAACUCUACUGUGAUGUGUCGCUUGUGAUGUCAUAUGGGGCGUAGGAGUCCACAUUCAAUGAUUUAUUAUUUUUCUAUAAUGUAAGGAACUCUACUGGCUAUAGGGGAACUGAGGGUGAUCACACAUUUCAUUUUUGACAAUCACAAAUCAUCACUAGCUGAUUCCGUUGUAUCUGUCGUCAUUUGGUACAUUAUACUAAGCAAUAAAUAAGACGGGGAAACUUUAA